AUGUACACAGAUUUCGGUGGCGGUGUGAACUGGAAGGAGAAAGAGUCGCCUUUGCAGGGAGCAUGCCGAGAGCUGGCUGAGGAGCUCUUUGCGCAAGACGAAACGACAGCGGAGGCCACUGCUCGUGUCUUAUCCGAAGGGAUCAAGUCUGAGCUAUUGGGUGGCAGGCCUUUCGUUUCCAGGGGCUACGCAAUGUUCGUAGUCAGUGCGGAGGCGAUCGUCAGCAGUCUUCAAAUAGAUCCUGGUGACUCUGCGAUAGAUCGCUUGUUUGAGUCCGCGAAGUUCUUUGACAGCCAGGGCAAAGCCAACUCGGAGCUCACUUCUGUUGCUUUGGUCAACGUUGGAGACUUUUUGCGGAGUGCUGCAAGCGACGGAUUCCCUCGGCCCUUGUGCACAAGGUAUCAAGAAGGGGAUGCAGGGAACAAGGGGCGUGAUGAAGUGAUCAAACUCCGGCCGGUGAUGGUCGGCACGAAGGGUUCAAUCAGCGUUAUUCACCGAGUUCUGGCUGACUUUGCUUCUACUUUCAAGGAGGAUUCUAUUGAACAGAAGGAGUUUGCCGUUCCAGCCAGCCCCUAUCCUCACACAACCGUUCGACCGACUGUGGUGGCUGGGGAGGGUCAUGCUGAGCAAGCUGACAGUUCUGUUCCCAAACGGCGCUGGCAAAAGGACAAAGCGCACAUCGGCACCGCAAAUCUAGAAUUCAUCCUGACAGAAGCCGAAACACUGUAA